AAGAGGGCAGAUAAAAGAUGAGACUGGUGAUGUGGCUUUUAUCAACUAAUUGUUCGGCGUCCCUGAAGAGCAGGGUGAUGCUUAACUUUGGAACCCGGGACUCUAGUUCAAACCACAAAAAAAGAAACAUUAGUCGUUGUUCAAUUUUGCGCUGAUUUUGUUUAUAUUAUCUCGAUGCGCAAUCAUGCUCUGCGCACCUUAUCUCAACAUUGGAGGUGAUAGCGGGGCUAUAAAUUCGCUCUCCCAUCGGGCUGGCCAUGAACAUACUCCUGUCUUGCUGAGUAAAACGAGGUAGCUGACUUGUUUAUUUUUUAUUUGUUGCCUGUUCCUGAAAUUACUAUUAUCGUCUGAAACUGUUACUUAUACAGCAUUAAGAUGCCUAAAUUGAACGGUUUUCAAAGUCACGAAAAGAAUGGUUUUCAUAGUAACGGGGUGAAUGGUUUUCAAAGUCACGAAGUAAAUGGUUCUCAAAGUCAUCAAGUGAAUGGUUUUCAGAACUACGAAACGAAUGGUUUCCAAAGUCCUAAAGUGAAUGGUUUCCAAAGUCCUAAAGUGAAUGGUUUUUCGAAUCCCAAAAUGAAUGGUUUCCAGAGUUCCAAGAUGAAUGGUUUUCAGAGUCCAGAAAUGAAUGGUUUUCAAAACUCCAAACUAAAUGGUGUUCCAAGUCAAAAAUCAAAUGGAUGUCCUUUCAGAGGAGAACUUAUCCCUCCUGAUUUACCAAGCAAAUGCACUUGGCGUUUAAAUUCGAAAGAAAAAUCUGCCCACCAUCAUUGCACUUUUGAGCCAAGCAGACCAAAAAUAUUGCCAAACGUUCUACAUGCUAUUGGAAACACCCCACUGAUUAAGUUAAACAUCGUUCCAAAAGAAUAUGGUUUAAAAUGUGAUUUGUUGGCAAAGUGUGAAUUUUUCAAUCCCGGAGGAAGUAUCAAAGAUAGAAUCGCAGUCCGAAUGAUAGAAGAAGCCGAACGCGAAAAUAAAAUUUCUCCAGAAAAAUCCAAAAUUAUUGAGCCUACUUCUGGAAAUACAGGAAUUGCUUUGGCUCUGGCCUCCGUUGUGAAAGGAUAUGAAUGCACUUUAGUUGUACCAGAAAAUAAAAGUCAAGAAAAAAUUGAUAUGUUGAAAGCUCUUGGAGCAAACAUAGUUCGAACACCUGCUGGCAAAUUUGAUGCUCUUGAUUCUCCAUACAAUGUCGCUCAGAAAAUUAAUGAGGAAAGCGACAACAGUUUCUUACCAUAUCAAUAUCGAUGUUCAUCAAAUCCUUUGACACACUAUGACUGGACAGCUGAGGAGAUUCUUGCUCAAUGUGAUAACCGUUUGGAUAUGAUUGUUAUGGGAGUCGGUACUGGUGGAACUAUAACUGGUAUUGGACGCAAAAUUAAAGAAAAGUGUCCAAACUGCAAGGUUAUUGGAGUUGAUCCUUAUGGUUCUAUCAUAGCUGAACCAGCAUCACUGAAUGGACCACUAGUCAAAGGCAGUGACGUUGAAGGUAUUGGACACGAUUUUAUUCCCACUGCUCUCGAUCGUUCGGUCGUUGACAAAUGGGUGAAAGUGAAUGAUAAUGAAUCUUUACAUAUGGCGAGAUCAGUUAUUAAAAAAGAAGGAAUAUUAUGUGGUGGAAGUAGUGGUAGUGUCGUGUGUGCUGCCUUGAAAGCCGCUCAAGAACUGAAAGAAGGACAAAGAUGUGUAGUUAUCAUGCCCGAUGGGGCGCGAAAUUACUUGACAAAAUUUCUCUCGGAUAACUGGAUGGUAGAAAAACAAUUCAUGAGUGCUGAUCCUGAAGAUUCAACGAUACCAUGGUGGUGGGAUCAAAAGGUGAAAAGCAUGAAAGUUUCAAAUGUAUCAUCAAUAACACCUCAAACAUUUUGUUGUGACGCUAUUGAUAUCAUGAAUAAAAAAGGUUGCUUCCAGUUGCCUGUUAUUGACACAAAAGGCUCUAUGAAAGGCAUUGUAAAAUUACAAGAUCUGACCAAGAAGAUAGUAUCAGGAAAAGUAUUAUCAAACUCUUUAGUGUCCGAAGUUACAACCACAUCUUUUCUGAAGUUAAAUGUGGACACCACCACUUUGGGACGUUUGUCUAAAAUAUUGGAAGCAGGACAAUUCGCAGUUCUUGUAGAGAAUGCAGGCAAGACCGGAGCUGAACGACUCGUUGGCGUAGUCAAUCAACUCGAUCUGGUAAACUUCAUCACAACCAAGUGUGAAAAUGGAAGUUAAUACAUUGCUCCUAAAAGCAAUGUGCUGUUUUAAAACAUGACUGGACAUUUAUGACGUCAUCAAACCAGAAGAGCUUUUUAAUAAGUUUCGUCGUUGAUCUAUCUCUCUAUCUACCUAUCACAUAGUGUGAGUCUAUCUCUCUGCGCAUAAAAUUGGAAAGUUCUAUAAUUAUAUUUGAGUUAGUACGAUUAUGAGAAAGUUCCAAUCUGAAAUGCUACAGAGGGAAAGUUUUGAUGAAUGUUCUUUGUUAACUUACUCUGGAACAUUCUUUUUAUAAUCAGAAAAAAAUGUGAAAGAGUUAAAAUGGAAACAUUAUUUGAAAAUUUGAUAAAAUCAAUAUCUUUCGAAUUUCUGAUUAGUAUUUAUAAUAAUAUAUAGUUGUCUGAAAUGUUUGGUUGGUGCUCUUAUGCUGUCUUUUCCACCUUUUGUAGUAUUUAUAUGUAUUUAUUAUACUUGUGUUCAUUUCAUGUUAUGUAUUCUUAUGUAUUUGAAUAAAGUUUUUGUUCCAAUAA